AUUUCCGCUUCCUCCCUGGGCGCUCCCGAAGUCGGCCACCCAGCUUCCUCCCGUCCCUGGGUUCCGCCUCCGAGGCGUUUCGACGGUCUCUUCGCGUACCGCUCGGGAACCUUCGGAAAUCUUCGGCUGGAGAUCCGGAGGCGAGUUCUCGCGGUGGAACCUUGCCGCGCCGUGGGCGCUCGGGAAGUUUUCGGAAGUCGGUGUCCGGCUUUCCGAGAGCUUCCGAAAGCAGAGGCACCGAGACCGUGUUCUGGUGUGUUCAAGUAGCCCUUGUCACAUGGCGGGCACUAAGUAAACUUUUCAAAAAAGACUAUUGCUCUCUUGUCUGACUUUUUUUGUUUUUUUUUUGUUUGUUUGUUUUGUUUUGUUUUUUUGGUUUUUCGAGACAGGGUUUCUCUGUGUAGCUUUGCGCCUUUCCUGGAUCUCGCUCUGUAGCCCAGGCUGGCCUCGAACUCACAGAGAUCCGCCUGGCUCUGCCUCCCGAGUGCUGGGAUUAAAGGCGUGCGCCACCACCGCCCGGCGUGCAUUGGUGUUUUACGUGUGUGUGUGUGUGUGUGUGUGUGUGUGUGUCAGAUCCCCUGAAACUGGAGUUAGAGACAGUUGUGAGCUGCCAUGUAGAUGCUGGAAAUUGAACCUGGGUCCUCUGCAAGACUAGCAAGUGCUCUUAACCGUCACGACUUGAUCUUUCAAAGGGCGCAUGGACUGUUUUAAGCAUUGAUGUGGCAUGGAGUCUUCAUAAUCACUGAACUCUCUCCCACGAGAGCACCAGGGCCCAGUGGACCAUGCUCAAACCUCUCCAGAAAUACGCUGGUGGGGCUGCCACCUUCACUUUAUUCUCUCAUGCCUGGUUCAGUCUGUGCAGAAAUACUCCAUAUAUGUCCUCAGCACAUCUGGCCAAUUCCGGCAGGCCACUGGCAAUUUGCUCCACAGUCUUUCUUAAUGUUUUGUUAGCAUUUAUAAUUAUGCAUAACAUGGGUUUAAAUGACAUUUUCAUAUGUGUAUAUGUGUGUAUAUACUGCAUUUUGAUCAUAUCCACACACUGCAGUUAAUCUGCAUAUGUGUGCGUCCCAGUGAGUUUCCUUGGUGUUGAUUACAGGCUCAUGGAUGGGAGUUUGUUUACAGGAGCAAGUGCAUUUUACCAGUGGCUACAUCACUAAAGAAAAUGUAACUUCCUCCUCCAUCAUCCUGAGCCUUCUUCAACUGGGAGAACCCAGACAGAACUGUCUCGAAGUUUCCCACUCCGGGGAGCAGAUGUGUGGAAGAUGUUGGUUCUGCUUAGUGUUCCACAUAGGUCGGCCCAGACGUUUGCCCGGGCUGUGCUGCCUUCCACCUCUAGAGUGCCCUGGUCAUAUCUGUUAAAGUUCUCUUGAAGUCAAAGCCAUCUUCAUAGACCAGCUUCCACAGCAGGAAAGGAUUUUUUCUAGAAGAAUCUGUCAAUAAGAAAGCCACAGUUUCACCGGGUGGUGAAGGCAGAGGCAGGCAGAUCUCUGAGUUCGAGGCCAGCAUGGUUUACAGAGCGAGUUCCAGGACAGCCAGGGCAACACAUAGAAACACUAUCUCAAAAAACAAAACAAAACAGCCAGUUUUUAUGCCACCUCCUUUGGACACCUUUCCUGGGAAUUCCGGGAAUUGUGACUAGGAACUACUUGAGGGCAGGGAUUUUGUCAGGGUCACAUCUGACUAGCACAGCCCUGACCUGGGUGUACUGUGGGUCAGAUGGUGUCAGUCAGCACCUGAAAGAUGGGUUCAUUUUCCCACCCUGGGUUCACAAGGCCCUGCUGCGCACACAGGAGAUCCCAAAAGAGCAAGAGAGUUUCAGGGCUUUGGCUGCUGCUCUUGUGCCCGAGAGAAUGUUUUUGUGCUGUGCACAGCAUGGAACCAUGCUAGGCAAGUAUACAAGCACAACGGUGUCCCGCGUGCACUCUCCCAAGUGAGCUACAUCCCCAGCCUGCCCAGCGAUUGUUUCUGAUCCCCAUUUGGGUUCAUCAUGGGCCCGAUGGCACAGGAGGCGGGCACUUAAAUAGAUACAACAUCUAGCUGACUUACACCACCAUCAGGUUCGACCCUAAUCACCUGGCGCUCCUGAACGGGCAGGAUCGUGCGCCGCUGCCCCCUCCCAGACCUCUGAGCCACACAGGGCUUCACCCGGGCCACCAAGUCCAGGCUGUGAGCAGCUCCAGUCGGGCUCAGGUGACCAUACAGGCGCUGGGCACACCUGGCGCAGGGCCCUGACCCCGCCCCGGGCAGCCGCACCCCGGGACGCUCUCGGGGAGCAGGCGGCGGCGGCGGCGGCGGGCCACCGAGGGCCAUGGCGGCGGUGUCACCGGUGUGCGGCUCCCAGGCGUCCCCGGCCGGCGCCUCGUCCCCACCCGCGCCCGCCCCGGCUCCGGCGGCCGGCCUGGGCCGCUGCCGCAUGGCGCUGCUGCUGGCGGUGGCCUUGGACGUGGCGGGCAUGGCGGCGCUGCUGACCGGCGUGUUUGCGCAGUUGCAGGUGCGCGGCCGCGACUUCGGGGACCUGCUCAUCUACUCCGGGGCGCUGCUGGUCUUCCUGAGCCUGCUGGGCUGGAUCCUCUGGUACACCGGCAACAUCGAGAUCUCCCGCCAGGAGCUGGAGCGCGACUACGGCCUGCGGCCCUCGGCGAUCGCCCGCCUGGCCCGCAAGCUGUCCCGCCGCUGGUCGGCGCCCGCCGCCGCCAACCCCCGCGCGGCCCCGGGUGCCCGCGCCGCGCGCCGAGCGCCCCGCGCGCCCCAGGCGUCCGCCUCCGGCUCCCGCCGCGUGCGUCUGCAGCUCGCCACGCUGGAGGCGGGGCCCGGAGCGGCGGGCGCGGGCAGCGAGUGAGCCCCAGACAACCUCAUCCCCCUGGACCUGACGGAGAUGCGCAGCUGCCCUGUACAUCACCCGGCCACCAGGAUACCCACCUGUCCCCUCACUUGGAUAAAUGUCUCGGUUUUGGA